AGAGGGACGCCGGGAGGCGCUUCCAAUGUUAACAGCUCAGUCUGGUGAAGGAGAGCACAGGAGCUCUGUAGCUGUCCGCUCCCCGGCUUUCAUGUCAGGGGCCACACUGGUCGCGAGGUGCUUGCAGGGAGGAGGAUGAUGACCAUGAACGGCAAGCAGCAUUUCUCCAUGCACCCGGCUCUGCACGAGCCCAAGUAUCCCGGCCUGCAUUCAGGCUCGGAGGGCAUGCGCAGAGUCUGUCUGCCCGCCCCGCAGCUGCAGGGCAAUAUAUUCGGAGGCUUUGAUGAGAGCCUGCUGGCACGGGCAGAGGCUCUGGCGGCUGCUGACAGCAUUGUCUCUCACGGCAAGAGUCACCCGUUCAAACCAGACGUGACUUACCAUACCAUGAGCAGUGUCCCCUGCACCUCAGCCUCCUCUUCUUCCUCCACCACCGUGCCCAUCUCCCACGUCCCCUCCACCAUCGCCUCUCACCAUCACCACCACCACCACCUCGGACAGACCCUGGAGGCCGGAGACCUCCUGGAUCACCUCUCCACCAGCCUGGCCGUGACCGGGAUGGGCGCUCCGGAGCCUCCCGGGAUGACCACGACGGCGCAUCACCACCAGCACCCUCACCACCACCUGCAGACCAUGGGGCAGCUGCACCAGGCGAUGGCCAACAUGGCCCACCCCCACUCUCUGUCUGUGCACGGCGGCAUGGCAUGCGUCAACGACGUGGAGUCGGAUCCCAGAGAGCUGGAAGCCUUCGCCGAGAGGUUCAAGCAGAGGAGGAUCAAACUCGGAGUGACCCAGGCGGACGUCGGGUCUGCGCUGGCCAACCUCAAGAUCCCCGGAGUGGGGUCCUUAAGCCAGAGCACCAUCUGCAGGUUUGAGUCCCUCACCUUGUCCCACAACAACAUGAUAGCGCUCAAGCCGGUUCUCCAGGCCUGGCUGGAGGAAGCAGAGGCUGCGUACCGGGAGAAAAGCAGCAAGCCGGACCUUUUCAACGGGAACGAGAGGAAAAGAAAGCGCACCUCCAUCGCUGCGCCGGAGAAGCGCUCUUUGGAGGCUUACUUUGCCAUCCAGCCGCGGCCCUCCUCGGAAAAAAUUGCGGCCAUCGCCGAAAAACUGGACCUGAAAAAGAAUGUGGUUCGAGUGUGGUUUUGCAACCAGCGGCAAAAACAGAAACGAAUGAAAUACUCUGCGGUGCACUGAGUUUCACACAUCAUGAAUAAAAUAGCCUACUACAUUUUUGAUCGAGUGAUUAAUAAUAGCCUAAGUAGCCUAACUAACAGGGAUUUUAUCAACAGCUCUUCACGUCUCGUCUGGGAUUAUAAACAGACAAACAAACAAAAAAAAAGACUUUUAAUUCCACUUUUCAUUUCGUGUCAUUCACUCUUCGUUGUUGCACUUUUUUUUCGAUUUUGUUAUUAAUAUGGGACUGAUAAAUGUUAUAGAUCUGCGGGGGAGGCUGAUUUUUGAUGUUGUUGAUCAUGUAUCUUGCACACACUAACGAACUUCUCCACCCUGACAGUUUGUCACAUUCAGGGAUAUUCACUCACUUUUUCUUUUUUUUUUCUUUUUUUUUUUAAACCACCAGUGUGGAGACUUACAUUUAUGUGCUGUUUAAUUGUCAGCGGUGUUAAGAGAAAGAAAUUAGUAUUUAGUGAAAAGAUAAUUCAUUUGUUUUUGUAAUGUUGGUUGAGAUCAGCGUUUUAUCCUCCACCUCACUGGCUCACAUGUGCAGAAGUACACCAUCAUAUCAAAUGUGUUUUCACUUUUCUUCCCUAUUAAUUCCGAGUAAUGUGAGUUCAAUGUUGAGGGGUUAAAAAAAAGAAUCACCCACCUCUUUAAAACCCCUUUUUUUUUCAAACGAAUCUGCCCUCUUCGUGAACAGUGUGAUAGUCAUUUUGCGCACAAAUAUGAGUAUUUACCGUAAUACUUUCACAAGGUAUAAAUACACUAAGUCGGUUUAUCUUGAAUUAUUUAAAAAUGGGAAAUGACACCGUCAUAUAUGAGGCACAUCCGUGUGUGGCUUUAGCUGCUGCUAUAUUUUACUAUUUUGAUGUGAACAUGUUUUGGAGCAUUACAGGUGUGCUAUAUAAUUAUUAUAUAGCCCAGAUAUAUAUACAGUAUAUACAGGCCUACAUCACCUAAUUUAAGUAUUUAAUUUUUUGUCAUUCUUGAUUUCACUUGAAAAAAAAUGUGUGAAGAUUAAACUUAAUAAAUUAUUGGUUAUUUUCUAAAGAAAAUUAUCUGAAGCAGCGACUUUAUUUUUGUGCUUUAUUAAGUUGUGUUUUUUUUUAAUUAAUGCCUAUAAACUCGGCAUACAAAUACAAAUUGUUUAACUAUCGUUUUCUUUCUUUUUUUUUUUCAUGAACUGUCUAAUACAUUUCCAAACGUAUCCAAUGGGCGAUCAAAUCUUUGUUUGUUUUUCGGGGAACUCGCUCGUCUGUUUUAUUCAUGAAACCCCCCCAAAGCUCUGCUGGGAUUAAAUAUGUAUUGUCGUACAUGAUAUAAGCACCACAGAAAAUAAAAAGGGCCUCCAUUUUCACAGCAAUUCUCACACGGAGGAGCGCAGAAUGUGCCUCCUCUACACGCCUGCUAAUGGCCCCUUUCCUCCGUUUAAUUAGUGCAGUUUUUAAUUAUGGAUGCCCUCAUGUCACCGGGUUAUGUCGUGCGUGGGGUUUGAAAUUAUUAAGUAAUGACGAUGCAAUAUUAAUUAUAUAUUGGUAUAAAACGAAGUAAUGUGGAGGAGCUGGGAGUAGAAGUCUGACUGGGAACUCUAGGGAGAGACGAACUGGAGACACAACAGGUUAACCGAGGAAAGAGGGAGAAAUUAAAGUAGGCCUAUGUUGUUGUUAUAGUUGUUGUUUUUUCGUUUCAAUAAGUGAGUAUUUUUCCUCCUUUAUGAUGUUAUUAUGUGUUGUAUGUUUUAAUAUUAUAGGCUAUUUUGAUUUCAUUUGACUUUUUAUUAGAGGCACUUUGAAUAAUGUCUGUUUUAUUCU